AAACCCAUCAAAUGUGAAACCCAAAUGAGUUUUCAGCGAUCAAACACAGCCCACACUGCAGAGCAGAUCUUCCUGUAAACAGUUGGAAUCACCCCUGUGAGUGAUGGAGGAAUUAAAUGUUGAAUCUGAACGUCCUUGGACAUCUCAGAGAGGUCCCAGGAGCUCACAGAGGAGAUGUCACGGAGCUGUUGAUUGGUUUCUGGUGCCACUGAGUUUUCUCUUUCUGGCUGGUAUCAUCGGCCUCACCCUCCACUGCCACGACUUAACUCGUCAUUCAUUGACAGAAGCCAAUCUUACCGAGCGUCUCCAGGACAGAGAGAACCAGCUGUCCUCCCUGACUGAACAGAGAGACCUGCUGACUGCCAACCUCACUGAAAUGACUAAAGAGCUACAAAGACUUCAGAAGAAAACCUGUUCUGAGGGAUGGAAGUCGUUCUCUCGUUCCUGUUAUCUCUUCUCAAACCAGACUAAGACUUGGGAAGGAAGCAGACAAGACUGUAGAUACAGAAGAGCAGAUCUGGUGAUCGUGGACAGUCUUGAAGAACAGGAAUUCCUCACUGACAACCUCGAGAGAGACACUUGGAUUGGUUUGAGUGACAGAGACAACGAGGGCAUCUGGAAAUGGAUGGACGGCACUCCGCUGACUCAAGCGUACUGGUGGAGCGAUGAGCCUAAUAAUGCUGGGAAUCAUGGCAUUGGCGAAGACUGUGUUCAUCUCAUCCCUGACAAAAAAACAGAGGAAAACUGGAACGAUCUGAAAUGUGAUGCAUCCAAACGGUGGAUUUGUGAAGAAAAAUAGUAGCAGUUAUUGAGUGUUGAAAUGGCUCAUUUUCAAAAAAUGUACACUGUCUGUUAUUCAUAUGCAACGGCUUAAUGUGCGUUGUUGUAAUUCUUAAGGAUAGAGUGAUAACACUUUGUAAUAGCAAUCAUUGAUAAACAGUAAAAUGGUUAAUUUAGUGGUUACUCUCCAAACAAACCAUGACAUGGUAAUUAUUAGUUAUGCUAAUAUGUAUAUUACUUUGUCUUUUUUAUUGUUUAAUAACAUUUCAUAUAAUAUCAUGGGAUUAGCAUUAAGUCACAUCUUCCAGUUCGAUGUUUCCCUAUUAUGAAUAAUGUAUUAUGUAAUCAAGUGUGCCCAAAACUUCCCACUUCUUUUGCGGUCUUUGCGUCAUCAUAUGAUUGGUUGUGGGCUUCCGUUUUACUGUUUGGUAGCCUGCUUUUCUUUCCAUGUUAUUUCUCUUAGUGGCUUCCUUUGUACGUUUGUCAGCAGUUUUCCUUUUAUGCCAAUCUGAGGCGGUGUCCAUACAGAUAUUACUGUUGGUCCCAUAAUUUGUAUUCUGCACAUUGUUGCUGAAUUUGUAAAAAAAAAUAUCUGUUCUACUGUCUGAAUUACUGACAAAAGUGAAUAUUAUAUCACUGUGUUUAAAUAAAGAUUCUCCAUGUUGCUCUACA